AAGGUUGCGGAUGCGGUGAAGCACGCUGUGUCGAGCGGGGUCAAGUACGUGGACUGCUCAUCGGAUUCCCAGAACGAGAAGCAAAUCGGCAACGCACUUUCGGCAUUUGAUCGGGCGUCCUUCUACGUGGGGUCCAAGCUGUCGUGCUGCGACGCCGCGCCCGAGGACGUGACCGAAGCGUGCAAGAGAUCGAUUACCGAGCUUGGCGUGUCUUACCUAGACAACUACAUGAUGCACUGGCCUGUGCAGUUGAAGAGCGAUUCGAAACCAGUGUCAUUGGAUGGUGGGGACACAAAUGAGCUUGUCCAGGACGGCGAUAUGGACUGCAUCAUGGCAACUUACGAGGCCAUGGAGCGCCUUGUGGACCAGGGCCUUGUGCGCUCGCUUGGCGUGUCUAACAUGGGCAUACGAACUUUGAGCGAGCUGCUGUCUCGAUGCCGCAUCCGCCCAACGGUGCUCGAGGUCGAGAUGCACCCGUACCUGGCUCAGCCAAAGCUGCUCGAGUUUUGUCGCGAGGAGAACAUCCAUGUGGUGGCUAAUUCGCCGCCCGGCAAGAUGAGGGACGGAUAUCCAGAUGACUACUCGCUGCUCGAUGAUCCUGUCUUGCUCCGCAUCGCCGAGGAA